AUGGGACAGGACAGUGUAUUCCUUGUGCGGUCUGAUUAUUUAGAGAGUUUUGACGAUGAACCCUGGGUCGACGUAGGUUCUCAGUUCUUGGAAGAUCCGGACAACGAGGAAGCUGACUGGGUCACCGUAAUUCUUCCCGAAGAAAUGGACAAGACCCAUAGCGACGAAGAUAUCAUGAAGUAUGUGCUUUAUAACAUCCGAAUUAGACGAGCCGUCGUGAGCCAAGUGGCACUGCAUAAUAUGGGGGUGACUUGUAUUUCGAUCCCGAUCCCGGUCAGCACUGCUGAUACUGCUACAAUCUUGAUUUGCGCCGAGGCCGACGGAAACAAGUGGCUAGAAAUGAUUUCUAAUGGAAUGGCUAUGCUUCGCAGAGAGGUGAUUUUUGGGCGUCGGUGA